GCCAAUGCAACCUUUGAGCUUGAGGGACAUUCAUGGCUAGAAGUCUCCCCUUAAUUUUCAUCAUCAUUACCCUGUUGGACUCCGGCACCGUAACCUUUAUUCAGAGAGUGAAGUCCGAUGAUAUCUGGAAUGUCACGGCUCCUCCCAGCACGUUUCUGCCAGGCAUGAAGCUAGGUGUGGACCAUAAGAAUGGCUACAUCUGGUCACUUAAAUCAGCACCAGGUCCUUUGGGUUCUUUCACCCUUUCUUGGAUGCCCGAAGGACGCCAAUUGUAUAUUAGCCUAGGUCAUGUGAUUUAUUGGAGUAGUGGAGCCUUAGAAGACGGGAGGUUCCCACAUAUAACAUCACCCAGGUACAACUUCACCAGUGUUUCAAAUGGACAUGAAGACUCCAUCACCUACAGUACUGUGGAUCAAACUAAUAGAGUUUCAGCAUGGCUGCUGAAGGACACGGGUGAUCUGUAUGAUACUUAUACAGAAGAAGACAUAGUACAAGCAGAGAACUGCGACGGCUACAACGGUAGAAGAGGGUGCCAGAGAAUAUACCCGCCAAUUCCUAGUUGCAUGGAGAGAGCAGAGUACGAAUUUCAGCUGAAACAUGCUUCCUGUAAUCCAAUUCCUUCUAGUGCAAGAACCUCAUAUUAUUUCAAGAACGGAAGUCAUGGCAUUACUAAGUGCAAAGCUGAUUGCUGGCAAGAUUGUGACUGCCUUGGCUUUGAUAUUCUGAGUAAUGGAACAGCUGAUGAAUGCCGGUUUUUGAGUGUAGAUCGCUGUCAAUUUGAUGAAGAAGACAGUGGAUCCGGUUCUGGAUCUAGUUUUGUACUGUCAAGAUUAACAAGGUUAAAAGCAUCACCUCCCACAAAUCCAGCACGUAAAAGGAUAUGGAUUGGCACUGUGAUUGUCUCAGCUGCUAUACUGGUAUUAGUGAUUUUGUUCGCUUGCUAUCUACAAAUAAGAAGAGUAGGAAGGAAAUUAGUACUUUCAGGCCGAAAUGGAGCGAGGGUUCAGGAAAUUCUAACCUUGAUGAAACCUAAUAUACUUACUCAUGAUAAUGGAGUUGAAAAUGAUGGAAAGAUGGGACAUGAUAUAAGCGUCUUUAGCUACAAAUCCAUUCUUGCCGCCACAUGCAACUUCUCCGAUGAAAACAAACUUGGUGCAGGGGGGUUUGGAUCUGUUUAUCAGGGAAUACUUGUUAACGGACAAGAAAUAGCAGUGAAGAUGCUUUCAAAAAAUUCAGAGCAAGGAGCCCUAGAGUUUAACAAUGAAUUGAUACUCGUAUAUGAACUCCAACAUACAAAUCUUGUUCGGCUUUUUGGAUUUUGCAUUCAUGGUGAAGAGAGGAUGUUGAUAUAUGAGUACAUGCCAAACAAAAGUCUGGACUACUUUUUAUUUGAUUCAACCAGAAGUGUGCUACUAGAUUGGAAAAAACGUCUCAACAUAAUUGAAGGAGUAGCUCAAGGAUUGCUCUACCUGCACAAAUACUCUAGAAUGAGAGUGAUUCAUAGAGACUUAAAAGCCAGUAAUAUUCUACUCAAUGAAUGCAUGAAUCCGAGAAUUUCUGACUUUGGUAUGGCAAGAACUUUAAGUACGCAAGAUGAACUGGAAGCAAAUACAAAGAGGAUUGUUGGGACAUACGGCUACAUGUCGCCGGAGUAUGUCAUGGGAGGGAACUUCUCCGUAAAGUCCGAUGUGUACAGUUUUGGAGUGUUGAUGCUUGAAAUCUUGAGCGGUAGGAAAAACAACAGCUUCUACAAUGAUGAUCGCGUGCUCACUUUAGUCGGACACACAUGGGAGUUAUGGAAAAAAGGCGCAGCGCUAGAGCUGAUGGAUCCAACACUAGGCAAUUCCUGUGAUGAGGAUCAAUUGUUAAGAUGCAUUCAUGUUGCUCUGCUCUGUGUGGAAGAAAAUGCAACAAAUCGGCCCACCAUGUCGGAUGUCAUAUCCAUGUUGACAAAUGAAAGCGCGCUGAUACCUAAACCAACAAUGCCAGCAUUUUGUACAAAGAGAAAUCAGAUCACAUUUGGUAUAGAUAGAAAAGGGACAGAACUUGUAUCAAUAAACAGUCUCUCCAUUUCUGAUAUUGUUGCCCGUUAAGCUAGUAAUUGCAUGAUAUGUAGUUUUCAUCUGAUAUGUACUUUGCAACAAAGCGGGUGAAUGAUAUGUAUGUACAUAAAUAUAAGUUUUGGGAAUGAUUACUGCAAUUUCAACAUUCUUUUGUACUUCA